AAAUUUGUUGGCCUAAUUGUCCCAUCCAUCACCCAAUACUAUUGAUGGCUAUAUUCUUAAUUGUCGGGUCUCAUAUAAUAUUGAGCAAAAUGACCCUAGUUUUUUCUUGAAAAAUAUACGAUAUAUUUAUUCUCCUUCAGAGACAUACCACAUGAUAGUCCUGGACAUAUUAUCUGAAACUCGAAAACCGAAUCGGAACCAAACCAAAAAUUCUGAGACCAAAACCAGACCGAAAAUUACAAAAUCCCGAAAAUCCCGAAUAGUUCCUAUAUUUCUAAACCCGAAAAAUCGAAAUCGAACCGAGACCGAACUGAGAACCGAACUGGUACACGAAUAUAUUGAAAAAGUUAAUUAUUUUUAAUUUUAUUAUUUAUAAUUUAUAAGUAAAGAUAUCUUAACAAAUCCAAAUAACCCGAAUUUUUUCUGGUUUUUUCCGGGUUUAACUUGGGUUUUUGGUAUUUUUGGUUUUUUGGACUUUAAACCCGAACUAAACCGAAUUAUUUGUAGUACGGUUCCACUUCGAAUUUCAUAAAAAAAUAGAAAUCUGACCCGAACCCGACAUUAUCUGAACCGAACCGAUCCGAAAAAUAUCAGGUUUUUAAACGGUUCCUAAAUGUCCAAUCUAAAUACCGAAUAAACCGAACCGAUCCGAACUGAAAACCCGGAUGUCCAACAUUACUACAUGAAAUUAUUGUUUUCUUCAUUUUGAAAGUAUCCAUCUAUGCAUAGAAAGCUAAUUGUUUCCUAUUUGUUUGUUUUUUAAAGAUAUGUCGGUUUUUUGUUUUGUGACACAUUAUCAAUCUAUAUAAAUCUAACGUUAUUGUGACACAUUAUACUAUACAAUUUAAUAUCAAAUUUUCCUUAUAUUCAGUGAAUUUUAAGAAAAAUAACUAAAGUCAAAAAAUGAAAUAUGAAAUGAUACUCUAAAUUUGGAAGAAGAAUCUCUCUAAAGAUUCUAUAUUGACAAAUGUCAAAAUAACUAUCUAAAGUUAUUUUCACAGAUUAUCUUAAUGAACUGUCAUUUACUAUACCACACACGUAUCCAUCAUGCACACAACACACCAUAUAAGCUCAAGCAUAUCCAUCUUUUCUUUUUUUGUUGUUAAAGUUCAAAUUGAAAACACAACUAAGUUCAUUAUAAAUAACAUUGAUUUGUACAUUUUGAUACAUACCAAUCUAAAGAAUAGCAAAUUUAGAUCACCAAUGGCCUUAAACGUUACAAAGAUCUCUCAAAUCAGCCCCUUAGCCGAUUCCUCCCGUGAGAAUCCAUACAUUCUCCCACUCACUUUCUUCGACCUACGGUGGCUAAACUUCAUGCCCAACGAACAAGUUAUCUUCUACAAACUCCAUGACUCAUCUCACGACUCCUUCUACUCAGUGAUCCUUCCAAGACUUGAGCAAUCUCUCUCCCUCGUCCUUGGCUACUAUCUCCCGUUCGCUGGUCACCUCACAUGGAACGCACAAGAUCCUAAACCAUGCAUCGUGGUCCUUCCAAACGACACCGUUUCGUUGAUAGCUGGAGAAAUCAGCGAUGCAGAUUUCUCUAGUGUUUCAGGAAAGGGGUUACGUCCCGCUAAUGAGAUACGUCCCCUUGUACCGGAGUUACCGGUUUCAGGUGACUCACCAUCGUUACUUGCUUUGCAAGUAACCUUGUUUCCGAACCAGGGGUUUAGUAUUGGCAUAGUAUCCCAUCAUGUCUUUGUUGACGCUAUAACAGCGCUAAUGUUAAUCAAAUCAUGGGCUCACAUCUGCAAACAUGGAGCUACAACUUUACCAGAGGACAUAACUCCAGUACUAGAUCGUACCGCCAUCAAUGUUUCCGCCGGUUUGGAAGAGAGGAUGUUGGAACUGGUUCCGCAUCUUUCACAGGACAAAGAUAACGCAAGAACCCUGAAGCUACCUCCAACCAAGGAGGUCAGUGCAGAGGUUUACCGUCUCAAACUUGAUCUGACUCUAGAGAACGUCGAGAAACUCAAGGAACGAGCCAAGAACGAGUCGAAACGUUCUCACCUCGAGCUUCACCUUUCAACGUACGUCGUGGUGAAUGCUUAUAUCUGGACCUGCUUGGUGAAGGCGCGUGGAGGUGACGUGGAAAGACCGGUGGCUUAUGAAUACGCUCCCGAUUUUAGAAACCGGUUAGGCCCAUCGGUUAGGGGGACAUACUCAGGGGCAUGCGUGUUUCCUAUCUGUUGCUUAGGUUACAAGGCAAAGCACUUUCUUGGAGAAGAUGGUUUCAUCAACGCUGUAGAGAUUAUCAGCGACUCUGUCAAAAGAUUGGGAUCACAAGGGAUUGAGGUGUUCUUUGAUAUGUAUGCGGAUAAGACGAAGAACAUAGAGAAAGGUACGGAUAUUUGGGCAGCUUCCGGUUCGAACCGGUUUUCAAUUUACGGGUCGGAUUUCGGGUGGGGAAGACCGGUUAACAGUGAGGUCGUGUCUUAUGACCAGAGUCAGAUAUUUUGUAUGUCGGAGAUGAGGGAUGGGACUGCUGGCGUGGAGAUUGGCUUGUGUUUGAAGAAAUAUGAGAUGGACGUUCUCGUUUCUCUGUUCAAGAAUGGACUUGAAAACAAUGAAUAACUUUUGCUGAUUUAUGUAAUGAUCGUGGGACUUUGUCGUUUUCACUUGUUUAGAUCUUUCUUGGUUUCGAAGCAAAGUAAUAAAUUAUCAUUUAUAUAUAAUCAUGGAACAUAUCAUGUAACUGGAAACCUAAUCUGAAGUGUUAUGGAUGUUUCUGUUUUUUUUUUUUUUUUUUUUUGGUAAUCAUGUUAAAUCGAAUACACAAAAGUUCUCUCUUUCUUUCAACCCGAAAUUCAUAUUGUAGAUCAGAUACCAGAAAGAUUGUCAUUGGAGCCGUAUCUCUAAAAAUUGUAGUCUGAGAUGUGAUUUUCUUAAAAUGCUAUAGUCGGAAAUGUGAAAACAACCAUAGUACAUCUUGUUCUUGAUGCUACAACAGUCAUGAAAUGGUGGGAUUUAAAAGCAAUUAGAUGUAGACAAUGCAUUCUUACAUGUUGAUGUACUAUUGUGAAUAAGACAUUUGUCAUAUUUAUGCUUAAGUCUGUAAAAGCAUUGUUGACGAUUAAUCCUAGAAAUUCAAUAAAUGAAUUGCUCUUUUGAUCAUCUUCUUCACUUCUGUUCUAAAUUUUUGCUCUUGCUAACAAUAAUAACAUUCACAUAUCUCCAAAUUAAACAUAUCAUUUCCUUUCCUGUUAUGACUUUGGUAAAUUUGGUGAACUAGUAAACCAUCAAAGAUAAGAUCAAGUCACCUUUUUACUAAACUCAUGUAAAAUAAAGUGAAUAGAACCAAUAGACAAUCCUUCUUAAAAGCUCCAAAUCCAAUACAUAUAAGAAAAUGACAUGUAUAUAUUAUGUUGUAUUUACAGAUUUUUCAAUUUCUCAUAUAAACUACAAAAAUUUAACUGGAUCACAAUCUAGUGCAUCCUAGCCAUUGAACGUCGUGGGAUCUCUUUCUCUAGACGGCUUGAACGGAGUGCAUAAGGUCGAUGUGCGUCGACCGGACUGGCUCAUGAUUCAGGUGCUCCUGAAAAUCCCUCAUCUGUGUUGGGUCGUAUAUGGCCUAGCCGGCGGUUGGAUGGCUGGAGAUUCUUUUGGACAAGCGGAGUUCAGGCCACUAGCGUGAAAGUGUCUUCAGGUGAAGCUGUUCUUCGGUUCUCGGAGACAGUACAUGUCAAGAUCUUAGCUUUCCUCGAGUGGUCAACAGGAGAGUUCGGGUUUUGGUGGCAACAUGUUUUGAAGCAAAUCAUUCGCAGUGCCGAUUCAUUGUUUUAACCCGGUAGAUUUGCUUUUUCUUCUGGUUCGGAUAUCCAUUUAAAUUAUUUUUUUAUUCUUUGAAAUUUUCAAAAUUAUAAAUUUAAAUAUUGAAAGUGUAAAUAUCUAAAAUUUACAGAAAAUUCGUUUAGUAUAAUUGGAUGGAGAAUUAGUAGGUAUUUUGAGCAUUUUAGUGUUUUGAAUAUAUUUUUGCUAUUUUAAAUAUUUACUUAAGGUAUUUGUAUAUAUUUUUAGGUACUUUGGAUUUUUUAACUUUUUUAUAUUUUAAAUAUUUGGAUAUAAAUUCUACAUAAUGAGUCUUAAUUAUAUAGUCGAUAAAUUUGAAGCCACUCUUCGUUGAGUACACACCACUUUUUCAAAUCCCCACACCGUAGUAUCUUCUUGAGUCACUCUGGGUUUCAAUAGCAUAAUCUCGUUACUUAUCUACAUUCACUAUAUCGAGUAUUAUACGAAGCAAAUUGUUCAUCUCUUGAAAAAUCAAGUUUUUUUUUUGCUUUUUUCACAAUUUACAUCACAGUGAUUGUUCGAGUAUAUAUAUAAGAUGUUUUAAGAAACUUUGAUGUUUCAAUAUACAAAAUGUUUUGGUAUUUUUAGGUAAAGUCUAACUUUAUUAUAAAAUAUUCAACUAAUCAUAUUUUAUAAUCUAUUUCAUAGUUAAUAGAGUAAUUUUUAAUUUAUAAAUUUUAUGAUAUUUUUAAUGAAAAAGUAAUUUUUGGUGGAUGGAAAGAAUAAACAUUUGUCCUUAAGACAUGCUGAUAAAAACAACAACUAAUGGCCUUGGAAAUUAUUUUGACAAAUGGCUGCCAACACACAGAUUCUAAAUAAGGAUUGUGAAUCGAAAAUGGAUUCUUUACUCGAGACAUAGACAACAUGGGUAUGUUUUUAGAUAUGUUGGAUGGAAACAUUGACCAGCAGCUUAGGAAAAAAAAAGGCCUGUAGAUGGAAUACGUGUUGGAUGAAGAAAAAUGACAAACAACUCUAAAAAUUAUAA